GAGAUGGCUGGUCUCCUCAUUCUAAUGAGGUUUCGACCAUGUUGAGCCCUACUUUUGUUUUGUGGGAUGUUGGCUAUCCUUUAUAUACCUAUGGCUCUAUCUUCAUCAUUAUCCUAAUUAUCUGGCAAGUGAAAAGGAGCCACCAUGGAUUGAGGUUGGAGCCUAAGAGGAGCUGCUGCUGGCGCCACCGCAAAGUCCGGCAAAGGGCUAGAGAUGCAGUAUCAAGAGCUAGGAGACUUUCCCAGGAAGAAGCUGAGAAGCCAUGGAAUCUGCUGUCUGUCAUGAAAAGCCAGGACUGGCUUCCUGAGGAGGGAAGUGUGCGGCGAGUCCUGUGUGCAGAUCCCUGCUGCCAAAUCUGCAAUACUGUGGCUCUGGAGAUUAAGGAAUUGUUGGUGGGUGAGAAUAACAAGAUCUCCCCCCUUAUAGCAGAGCCAUCACAGGACACUACUUGCCUUGAAAUGUUGUCUAUGUCUAGUGUGUCUGUUAAGCAAAGUCUAGAGCUUUGUCCUUGGCAACCCAGACAGCUUUUUCUGGCAUCUGUAACACCAACACUGUCACAAUUAAUGGAUCAGACAGUUUUAACCCAGUCAGCUGCCCAGUCAACCAAUGCAGUUGGAAUCCGAGAUUACUGGGCUGAGCACCUCCAGCUAGAGCAAGAAUUUCAAGUGCCAGAUGUGCUCAGAGACCCAGAAACUACGUCUUCCCCAAGGAUCAAGGAGCCUGAGGCUCCAGUGAAUCAGCAGGAGAUGCUACAGAGCAAUACCAAUUUUGUCCAGGAGAACAAUGGACAGUAUCAAUUGAAGUCCCAGGACUCUUUGCUGUCCCAAAACCCAGAGAACACUAACCAAACACAUUCUAUGGCCUUGAGUAUGGUCCUCCCUGCCCACCUGCCAUUCCUCAGUCCUAAAGUCCUCAGGUUUCUUGAGGUCCAUGUAAAAAAAUGGAUGCAUUUCCAGAGAUGGGGGCUCCCCAGACGUGUAGAAGAAUCCCUGAGGCAGCUUAUGCCAAACCCACCAUUGUAUUACCAGUCUGAGAAUAAACUGGAGACAACUUUACGGCACAAGUAUCUGGCCUUCCUGUCAGGGCUGCCUGCUCUCUACUAUGUAGCUCUCUCCAGAGCCAUGGCCCCUGCUGUCACUAGCAAACCUGUCACCACAGAGAUGGUGCCUGAGUCUGUCGAAGUUCCAGCAGAGCCUCUGGCUGAGAUGAUCUCACUUGAAGGAGAGCGUUCAAGCCCUGGGCCCUGCUCUCAAGACAACAAUGAGACUUGUGCAGAUGCUGCGGAAGAGCUCCAGCCUGCAGUGGAAGUGGAAGGAACGAUGGAGGCGGUGUCUCAACAGAGCCAGAUACAUUCUUCUAACCCUGUGUCACUCAAGACACAUAUCUUGGCCAAACUGAAUUUCCACCUCAGAAAAAAGAUCCUAGAGAUUCAAAUGGGAAUUCCCAUAAGGGCGAGAGAGUCCAUGGAACAAACUGCAGCAGUCCCAGAGGACAAAUUCACACGGGACUCUCAUAGGAGUCUAGAUAACCAAGGAGAAAUGUUGGUCCAGGAACUGUCCAUCCCACCAGACACUCGUGCCCCAGACUUACAUCCAGUUAACGUUACAGAACAGCUGGCCACUGACUUGAAGCCAGUGCAGCAGGACCAUAAGCAACCUAGUUCCAGAGCAGUGCCCCAAGGUUCUGCCCACUGGAUCUCCAAGAUUCCACAACCCAGUGGGUACAUGACAGAGGCCCAGGUGCUUUGUGUUCAGGUGGAGGCCAGUGUGAACAACCCCAGCCUGGAGGAACCCUGGAGCCCUGAGCCCCAAAGCCCAGACAAGAGCAAGGACUCAGCCCAAGUCCCCACAUUGGCAGAAAAGAUAGAAGAUCCAGGGAAACCCAAAGUAGUUGGGGACCAUGGAGCAGGGGAUGCAGGGUUUAGUCUCUCCUCAACCAGAGAAGAAAGACACCCUGGUGAAGACCAGAGGCCAGCAGACAGGCUUCCGAACAAGAUAUCCCAAGGCUCCUGGAGACACAGCCAUAGAUUUCAUCAUCUUGCUCAUCCCUGUCAACACAGCCCCCAGCAUCACCCUCAGCCUGAGCUGUCAGACCUACACCCAGGAGCCCCUGGGGGGAAAGCACCUGAGAAUGCCCUGCAAGACAGUCAAACUGAGCUAAAUGUCAUCCUCAAACCAGAAAUAAUUCCUAAAACUGCCCAGAGUGAGGUGCCCCAGUCUUCACAGGGCCAGCCUUUCCCAAGCCAACUAAUCAAGGAUAAGCCUUUGCAGGGCCAAACUUUGCAAGACCAGGUUUUGCAUGAACAGGUGAUGCCAGCCUUUACUCACAAAAGGCCCAGCCUCCCAGAGUCUAGCUGGAAAAAUAAAAUAAAAUCCUUCCUACACCAUAUUAACCCUAUGACCAAAAGCAAACGGCAUGAGGAAUCCAUGUUCUCUAUAGCUGAGAAAGUGGCCAAAACCAGGAAAGAAAAUGUUGAAAAGAGCCUGGUUCCAGCCAAAAGCCCUAAGGGAAGAACUAGGACGGAGAAGCCAACAGGGCACUCCAAGGCCCAGUCUUCCCGCACUGAGAAGCCAAUGGUACUGGUGGCCUUGGGUGGCACCCGUUGCGCAGACAAUAAUCUCCAGCUUCGCUCCAGACAACCUGGCUCUGCCUCAGUCCUGGGCUGCCGCCGUCACUGCCUUCAGCACUAUCCUCGAGGGGCUUUUGCCACUCACCGAGGGGCUUUUGCCACUCGACCAGGGGCAUCCACCUUAGCUACCAACCCUCAUCUCAGAAACACUGAGGCCUGUUCGAGGAGAAUACACAGGGCAAUGAAGGACAGGUUGUAG